AGAAAGUGAGGCAAAACAAAGUUGAAAGUUUGAAAGUUUGUCAGUUCAUGAUACAAUUUUCCAAUACUCAUGGACCUGCUAAAGGUGUUCACAAAGAUAAGAUGAAGAUUGCAACAAACUGUUCCACCCAAAGAAAUGAAGAAAUCAUUAUUUCACAAUAACGAUAUUAAAACUCUGUUGCUGCUACCAAACAUAGUUUAUUAUGAGGUCCCCUUUCUACCUUCAGACAUGGGUCAGUCUAAUAUAUUCAUUUUGUUGAUCCUCAUUCCUCUAACUUUCACUCAGUCAGUGAAAGGGAAGGUAUGUGUGUGCGAUCUAAAAAAUUCAGAUCCUGCUUUCCCUAUGAAUAAACUAAUGAAAGUAGAGACCUCUGCCUUACAAUGCACUGGGACCAUCACUUCACAAAAGAUGACAGAAUUAGACAGGCUUGUGCUGGGUCUACAACAACGCAUCAAGCAGCUAGAGGACAACGUGGUCAUGCUAGAAAAGGAGGAUGACAGGAAUCUAUACGGGGCCGUGUCUCUGCGCAUCAUUGAGUUAGAGAUCGCCGAGAUUCAGGACCUCUUCAACAAACUCAACAGUACCACCAAAAAUUACCAGCAUCUCAGUUUACAGACUGCAGCUCAGCUUGAUGAAAUGAAAAACACAAUGGAGGAGCUGGAGAAGUUUGACAACGUGCAGGUGAUAAAGAAAGAACGAGAGAACCAGCGCAUUAAGAGGGAGCUGGAACAGUGUAAAGAAGAGAUCAAGGCUACAGCACCACCUCCUACAGUUCCCCCAGCCCGUUGUGGUCUGGGUCGUAUGGUCAGUGUGGUGGGACCUAGAACGUAUUCCCUCACGGUAUACAGCACCUCCUAUCCUUACGGUGCUUGGGGUCGAGAUGCAAAUCCUGCUCGAGGAGACGAGAACAAGUACUGGCUGGUUGUGUUGUUGUUGAGUAAUGUAUAUGGCCACUUUGUCCGCCAGUACAAUACAUUGAGUACUCUUUUAAUAGGUAUAGGACAAACAGAUACAUAUAUAUCAAGCUCCAACCCAACAACAAACACAAUUCAGGGCCCAAACAUGGUCAUGUACGGCAAUGCGCUCUACUAUAACUGUUACAACACAUACUCUGUCUGUCAGUUCAACAUGACGACUCGUUCUGUCAGUACUGUGGCUUUACCUAAAGAUGCAGGUUACAACAACAAGUUACCAUUCGGACACCUCGCCGCAGCAUACAGCUAUACAGAUAUGGAUUUUGCCACAGAUGAAUCAGGCGUCUAUGUUAUAUACGCGUCCACAAGCAACUUCGGAAAUGUGAUUAUCACUAAAGUUCAAACUAGCAACCCGCCUGUUUUGGGCCAAACUUGGACCACCUCUUUGUACAAGGGGACCGUCACAAACACCUUCAUGGUGUGUGGUGUGCUUUAUGCUACUCGUUACCUGGAUAAAGAAACAGAAGAGAUCUUUUACUCUUAUGACACCAAAACAAAAGAAGAGCGCUUUGAUUUGAAAAUUAAUAUUAAGAAGAUGCAGACUAAUAUUCAGUUUCUAAACUAUGACCCCAGAGAUCAUCUGCUGUAUGUCUACAGUGAUGCCUACAUUCUAACUUAUGAGCUCAUUUUUCAGUAAAUCUCCAAUUAUUUGAGACUUAAGUAUGACUGCAUCCCAUUUCACAUACUGUCUGUACUAAAUAGUAUGCAAGAUUAGAAUUAGUACAUUACAAAUUAUUCUACAUAUCGUAAAGAUAGUACAGUAGAUCGAAAAUUUACGUGUGUAUUUGCAGGGUUUUUAAGCAUAAACCCAAUUAAUUUUAAGAUAAUUAAGUUAAAUGCUAAUGCUUUCAAAGGGUUUGUGGUAUCAAUAAAAUUUGGUCCCACUUUAUAUUAGGUGUCUUUAACUACUAUGUACUAACAUUUAAAUUAAUCAUUUGAUACAAUACACUUACUGUGUACAUACAUGUUUUUACAUUGUACUUAUAUUUUAAAAAUACCUGCAUGUGAUUACAGCUGUAAUUAAUUUCUGUAAUUACAUUUAUAAUUACCCUGUUGACCCUUCCCUUACAAUUUAACCCUUCCUUAAACCAACCCACACCACCAAACCUGUCCGUAACCUUACCCGUGUCUCACCUCAGUAGCAGCAAAAGUGUUUUGCAAUACAAUAUGAACACAGUAAGUACAUUGUACUAAUUUUUUGAUGCAAGUACA